AUGAUUCCCUGGAGUGGUCACCACCGCAACGAGGAGGAAGCCUACAAUGCUGUGUAUCAGGGAGGCGACGGCGGCCCCUCCCUUGGCCAUGAGGCGCUCGCAGGCGCCGUCAGCUUCUACGCGAUGCACGAGUUUGAGAAGCGCCGCGAGCGCGAGGGCUUCAGCGACCACACCAAGGCCAGGGAGCUCCUUGCUACCAUAGCCGGGGUCGAGGCCGACCGCCUGGCCGAGAGCCGCGGCAUGGGCCGUGAGGAGCGCGACCGCACCGUGGCGACCGCCCAGCAAAAGGCCACUUCCAUGUACGAACAGCACUACGGGGGCGGCCAGCAGAUGGGGGGCGGCGGCGGGUACGACGCCUCCGCCGGCUACGGCGCCGGCCAGCAGGCUGCCGGCUUUGACCGCGGGGAUGUGGGUGGCAUGGGUGGGGCCGGGUACGGCGCCGGCCAAGGGGGCCUCGACUCGCAGGGCUACGCGGGCGGCGGCGGCGGCCAGUUGGGCGGCGACGACGCGGGGCAGUACGGCCGCGGCGGGUACGAUGCGGGGCAGCUGCAGGGCGGCUUCCAGGGCCAGCAGGAUGACUACCAGCAGGGGGGUGCGCCGUACGGCAGGGAGGGCGGCGGUUACUGA